GCAGCCAUACCAUACUCAAAAGUCAAUAUCUUGGUUGGACACCACAUUUUCUUCCAUCACGGUAUCAUCCUCAUCGUCUCUCUGUGCAUCUCUCUUCCCAUCUCCGUCUCAUUUCCUUCUGAAACUCCAAUUUUUUCAAGAAAAAAUCAAAGACUCAAGACCCAACACCCAUCAACCAUCACCUACCGCCACCAAGGCUUCAGUCUUGUAAUCCAUGGCAGAUUACAACUACAAUCACAGCAGAUCAAAGUCCUAUGGAGGCCCUAACAUGAUGCAGUUGCAGCCAUACUAUGGACCACCACCACAAUCACACAGUGACCUCAGGUCUUAUAGUGCAUCAUAUGCACAGACAGACAUGUGGGGCACUUACAGCAACAAUAACUUCAACAGGGACUUGAAGCUGAAGAAAGGGAAGAGCACAUCUGGGUCAACCUCAAAGUCAUGGAGCUUCACUGACCCUGAGUUCCAGAGGAAGAAGAGGGUGGCUAACUACAAGAUGUAUGGGGUUGAAGGCAAGGUGAAAGGGUCUUUCAGGAAGAGCUUCAGGUGGCUCAAGGAUAGGUUCUCAUUGUCGUUGAAGUAGUUUAACAACUGCUGUGACAUCCUUCAUUGUGAAUCGGUGUACUUCUUCAUGAUUGAUCACCAAUAUGCCUAUUGAUGUCCACAAACUCAACCUUCUCUGUCAACGAAUUGUCGAAGUGAUCUAUCCCGCAGCAACUCGAGGGACAAAUUCUUUUGUUUUUCCUGAUAUAUCUGAUGGACACUAUCGAUUAAGUUCAGGUGGAUUCGUCAUAAGCAAGGCUUGUCUUGUUGGAGAGUAAACUAUAACUGGGUAUCCUCCUGGACACAUUGUGUCAUCAAGUCUGGUGUAUACUGGUAAAUUAUCACAUUGCGCUCUUUCCCUCUUUUGUUUUACCAAUUAUAGUGGAACAUGUUCCAGCUGUUGUA